AAAGUAGAAAUGAGGAGAAUUCGGACAGCUUGGCACAGCAUCACGAGGGGUACGCCGGUCCUGUAGGUGUCACGCACUUCAUUUCGGGCACUUACCUAUCAUUGCGCUCAUUUACUUUUCUACCUUCUUAAAACCCUAACACACCCUUCUCAUCUGUUUCUCCUACUACUCAACUAUUCCUUCUUCCACUCUCUUCUCUGCAGUCAUGGGCAAGGUCAAGAUCGGAAUCAACGGAUUCGGAAGAAUUGGUCGUUUGGUGGCCAGAGUUGCACUGCAGAGAGACGAUGUGGAACUCGUUGCCGUCAACGAUCCUUUCAUUACCACCGAUUACAUGACCUACAUGUUUAAAUACGACAGUGUUCACGGACAGUGGAAGCAUCACGAUGUGACCGUUAAGGACUCUAAGACUCUUCUCUUUGGUGAGAAGCCAGUGACAGUGUUCGGACACAGGAACCCAGAGGAGAUCCCAUGGCACGAGACUGGUGCUCAGAUCGUCGUUGAGUCCACUGGAGUUUUCACCGAUAAGGACAAGGCCGCUGCACAUUUGAAGGGUGGUGCUAAGAAGGUCAUCAUAUCUGCCCCCAGUAAGGAUGCUCCCAUGUUUGUCGUCGGUGUUAACGAACAUGAGUACAAGGCUGAGCUUGAUGUCAUCUCCAAUGCCAGCUGCACAACCAACUGCCUUGCUCCACUAGCAAAGGUUAUUAAUGACAGGUUUGGCAUUGUUGAGGGUUUGAUGACCACUGUUCACUCCAUCACUGCUACCCAGAAGACGGUUGAUGGGCCAUCCAGCAAGGACUGGAGAGGUGGAAGAGCUGCUUCAUUUAACAUCAUUCCUAGCAGCACUGGAGCUGCCAAGGCUGUUGGCAAAGUUCUCCCUGCUUUGAAUGGAAAAUUGACUGGAAUGGCAUUCCGUGUUCCUACCGUGGAUGUCUCUGUUGUUGACCUCACAGUGAGGCUGGAGAAGCCAGCCAGUUAUGACGAUAUUAAGAAAGCUAUCAAGGAGGAGUCUGAAGGAAAAUUGAAGGGAAUUCUUGGUUACACUGAGGAAGAUUUGGUCUCUACUGACUUUCUUGGUGAUAGCAGGUCAAGUAUUUUUGAUGCAAAGGCAGGAAUCGCUUUGAAUGAAAAAUUUGCGAAGCUUGUUGCAUGGUAUGACAACGAGUGGGGAUACAGCUCUCGCGUGAUUGACCUGAUUGUUCACGUUGCCAAGAAUUCUCUUUAAGAUGAUACUGCAAUAUUGCCUACAUGCAAUGUAGCCUGUUGUCAUUUGAGUACCGUAUGUUUAUGUCUAGCUGGGAUUUAGAGCCUUUGUUUCUGCUAAAAUGUUAAAGUCUCAAUAAAAUGGGUUUCCGGAACCAGCUUUGUUACCCUUUUAUGAUCUUUAGGUCUUCUAGGCUUUUUGGUGUUGCUUCUUUUGUUGAGGGGAUGGAGUUUUUGGAUUUUAUCUUUACUUCUGAUGUACUAGGCUCAUAUAUUUGCUAAUGUACUUCUCUUUAAAUGUACUUCUCUUUAUUGAUUGCGAUGGUGUCUGUUUUCGCCGUUCAUUUUCCAUUUUUCAUCGGUGUUUCUUGUACGUUUUUUUAUUCUUCUUUGAAUCAUGGUGUUUACGGUGAAAAAUGACCUUGUAAACAAAUAAUCCAAAGAUCAAUCUUGGACUGGAUUUAGGU